GGCCAGUCUGGAGGGGGACAUCAUGUAGUUCAACACAAACUGUGACGUUAAAAUCCCCAUACCUGUGUUUAUUCCCUCCGUUUGUUCACCUGGAAAGCAAUUUGUGUUUUUACCUUCCAACCGACAUCAUGUUUCUUCGCGGGUCUAAGAAGCGACGGUCCAACCGCUCGCAGGAGGAAGAGGACCCAGACAGAGGGCAGCCCUGUAUGCGCUGUGGGGACCAGUGCCCUGGCUUCCGUGUCCACGGCUGGAGGAAGAUCUGUGUGCACUGCAAGUGUGUGCGAGAGGAGCAUGCCGUGCGCUCGGUGCCGGGUCAGCUGGAAAAGAUGAUGACGAAGCUGGUAUCCGACUUCCAGAGACACUCCAUCUCCGACGACGACUCGGGCUGCGCCUCCGAGGAGUACUCAUGGGUUCCACCUGGGCUCAAGCCUGAACAGGUUUACCAGUAUUUCAGCUGUUUACCGGAGGACAGAGUGCCUUAUGUGAACAGUCCAGGGGAGAGAUACCGAAUCAAACAGCUGCUGCACCAGCUGCCAGCCCACGACAGCGAGUCGCAGUACUGUAACUCUCUGGACGAGGAGGAGAAGAAAGAGUUGCGUUUGUUCAGUCAGCAGAGGAAAAGAGAAAACUUGGGCAGAGGCGUCGUCAGACUCUUCCCUGUAACUAUGACGGGAGCCAUCUGCCAACAGUGUGGCAGGCAGAUCUGCGGAGGAGACAUCGCUGUGUUCGCCAGUCGGGCCGGACACAGCACCUGUUGGCACCCUCAGUGUUUCCAGUGUGCCACCUGCAGUGAGCUGCUGGUCGAUCUCAUCUACUUCUUCCAGGACGGACAGAUCUACUGCGGCCGGCACCACGCUGAGAGGCUCAAGCCCCGCUGCCAGGCCUGCGAUGAGAUUAUUCUGGCAGAUGAAUGUACAGAGGCAGAAGGAAGAUACUGGCACAUGAAGCACUUCUGUUGUUUCGAGUGCGAGGCUGCGCUGGGCGGGCAGCGUUACAUCAUGAGAGAGAGUCGACCGUACUGCUGCUCCUGCUACGAAUCCCUGUACGCAGAGUACUGCGAUACCUGCGGAGAUCACAUAGGUAUUGAUCAGGGCCAGAUGACAUACGAGGGUCAGCACUGGCACGCCGUGGAGUCGUGUUUCUGCUGCGCCCGCUGUCAGCUGCCUCUGCUGGGGCGUCCCUUCCUCCCUCGGUCUGGGCUCAUCUUCUGCUCCAGGCCCUGCUCACUGGGCGAGGACCCCAAUAACUCCGACUCCUGCGACUCAGCGCUGCAGAGCAAACCGCCUCAGCACAGACGCUGUGAGACGGCAGAGAAACUCCAGCAGCCACAGUGCGGUUCUCCCUUGCAGCCACUAGAGGGCAUCAACCCUCCUAUAACUCCUUCAAAAGACUGCAUCCACACUGCAGUGGAAAACAGAGGUGUCCACUGCACUGCCCCAGUUCAAAACGGACUUCCUUCAAGCACUGGUCAUCCUCACCCGAGAGGCUCCUACUCACCUCUUCCCCACAUUCAUCUAGGGAAUGGCUUAGGUCCAUCUUGGCCCAGCGACAUCCCACAUUACAGUUUACUCCCUGGGGAAUCCGGUAUCAAACGACCCGCUGAGGAUCUUCAGUUCCAGGGAGAGCUGAAUGGAAAAACUGGACUAACUGGUCUUAAUUCAAGAGGAACCUCCACUGCGAAAGACUGUAGGAACUGGGUGGAGAGGACGAAUAAAGUUAUGCAAGUCCUUCCUCCUUCUCAGAAAAACUCACAUCUCACUUCACCUGACUCGCCUCCCCUCCCGCCCAGCAACCCGUCCGUCCUCCCGCCUCCUCUCCCCGUUAAGUCUCGUGACUUGAUGCCCCAGGACUCUCCCCCGCCAAACCUCCCCGAACCAGAAGACAGACCCUCUGAUUCUCCGCCUCCACCGCUCACUCGCAGCGGCACGGCGAGGGUUAGCUUCAGAGAACCAAUCAGCUGCAGCUACUCGGUCGAGGAGGACGAGGAUGAAGAAGAGAACGAGGAGGAACUGCGAGAGGGCGAGGAGAACCAGCGGGGGGGAGAUCAGGUGGAGGGAGGUUUCGGAAGCAGGUUGCAUCUACAGAAAGGGAUCCCACCACAGAUGGAUCUGCUGGAUGGAUCCUCUUAUCACCAGCGGAGUCUGCGGCGUGGGUGGAGCCGUUGCCGUAUCCCCUCUGACCCCGAUCUCCACACGGGAUCGGAGAGACGCUCUCGACGCUCGCGGCCCGACCGUCCUCGUCUGGAGACCCUCGACUGGAGAGGGGAGAAAGAGAGGAGCUCCGCCGGCGCCUCCUCGCUGACCCUCCAGCCGGCCCACUACAAACACGAAGACUCCUGCUCUACGUGCUCUUCGUCCUCAGACUCGGAGGAAGAGGGCUUCUUCCUGGGGCAGCCCAUUCCUCUUCCACCGCAGCUGCGAAAGCUGCCGCCUGAGGAGGACAAAGACGAAGAGGAGAGGGGGGCGCAGAAGGAGCGGGGACUGAGAGGCAGCUUCAGGAGGAGGCGAGCUCACAGCCUUGGUGCAAAGGACAAAGAUAAAAACUGUGCUAUCUCCUAACCCCUGGCAUCAAAACACAGCCUGUUGUUUUAUAAAUUAUGGUGCACAAGAUGAACUAAUGCCCCCUCAUUAGUCCAGUAUUCAUGGUGUUUAUCAGUUUUAUGAGGGUGACGUGAUGUUAGACUUUACAGAGGUGAACUACAGCCAUCAGCCUGACACACUACUCCAUUAAAGGAAGCACAAUAAACCUCAGAAAUGUCACAAGUCACCUUUAACUGUUGACUUCUCAUCGUUUGACAUGUUACAGUGUAGAAAAUGUGAGUGUGUGAACCAUGUGAGUAGUGAUGAAUGUGGAGUAAUUAUCAAUAACAUUUAUGUUUGGAUUGUAUAGAGAGGAAUCUCUCCUGUGACCCUGAAGUGAAAUGUUACUGCUUUUUAACAUCAUUACAUACAGUAUGCACACUGACAGUAGCACAAGGAACUGACAGCUCAUUCCUCUUGCAUUGUUUGUAAAAGAAAUAUUGGUCACACUGUGUCUGACAUAUGUUUAUAAUGCAUUAUAACAUACUGGUAGUGCAUUAUAAUCUGCUCAUUGCACUGUAUAAUUAUCCUGUUGCACAAUUUAUGGAAUCGCAACCACAAUAAUGGACAAGUGCAAUAUCCAAAUCGCAGAGAGGAAGGAAAUCACUUGUCAAAUCAUCAUUUGUUAAAGGCAAAAUAUGUUUAUGUUUUGUUCUGCUACAAGAUGUCCCAGUCUUGUAAAUGGCUUACUACAGACUUUAGAAAAAAAACUUUCUUUUGUAAAAAACUUCUUUUGUAGAGAUCUUUGCAAAAAAAAUAAUAAUAACAGCACUUAUUUAAUAUAUUUUUCAAUGAAUACUAGAAAAAAUAUGGAAAAAAUAUCAUUCCCUCCAAUAUUUUGAACCAUGUCAGACUUGCAAUAUUGGUCAAAAUAAUCACAAUUUUAUGUUUCUUUCCAAUCCUGCAGCCCGAGUUAUUAGCACUCAUAUCUACAAUGCUUUAUAACAAUCCCUAAAGCGCAUUUUAUAAUAACAUAGAAGGUCAAGUAUCAUGAUGCUUAAUAGUUUCUAGGCACAUACAGACAGUUUUUUGAAAAGAUCAUAGUGUAUUAUAGUUAUCAUACUUAUUAUGCAUUGUAAUCAAAAUGUGAUUAUAGAGUAAGUAUUUAUGUUUUUAAUGCAUUUUAGACAUACGUUUGCAAAAACAUCAGUUCGUUUUAUCAAGUAUUAUGAUAUUUGACCUUUUAAGUCAUUAAAUGCUUUAUAAUGUGUUUAUUAUUGCGUCAUUAUGAAUAUUUAUAAAUGCCUAUCAGCAUAAUUAUACAGUGCAAUUAGCAGAUUAUAAUGAAUUGUAGUUAUGUUAAUAAUUCAUUAUAGAUGUAGGCUCACUCAAAAGUGUUACCAGAAUUUUAAAUAUGUUAUUUUCUAACUCUACUGUAACUACUUUUCUGUGCUCUUAUGUGCAAUUUUUAUAUAAGGCUGUAAUAUAUUACAGUUGUGAAUACUAAAUGGCCAAAUACUACGGGAUGGAGAAUGAUGAACUGUGGUAGUUUUAUGAUUGUUAAAGUUUCCCAUAAAGGAGAGUCUGAGUGAAUUUGUUGAAUGUGUGUGUGUUGUAAAGUCCCAAUGAAACACUGCAAAGUUUGUAAACGUUCUUGUCUUUAAUCAAAAAAACACUUUUAUGACCUUAAGGUCAUUUAUUUUUAUAUACUUGGUGUAGGUCGCUGUUCUUUCUUGUUUUGUUUCGGGUAAAAGGAAGAGAUUAAAAGUGUUUCUCUGACCGUGUGAGACAACUUUAUGGUGACAUUAAAUUUGUCUAUAAAUGAUUUA